AUGGCAACACCCCAUAACUCUGCUCAGGUUGGCGAUUUCGCUGAAACAGUCCUCAUGUGCGGUGAUCCACUCCGCGCUAAGCUCAUUGCUGAGACAUAUCUUGAAAAUCCAAAGCUUGUCAACAAUGUUCGUGGCAUUCAAGGCUACACCGGCACAUACAAGGGAAAGCCAAUCUCUGUCAUGGGCCAUGGUAUGGGCUUGCCAUCAAUCUGCAUCUAUGCAGAGGAGCUUUACUCCACAUACAAGGUCAAGACAAUCAUCCGUGUUGGUACAUGCGGCGCAAUUGACAUGGACAUCCACACACGCGAUAUCGUUAUCUUCACCUCUGCUGGUACAAACUCCAAGAUCAACAGAAUCCGCUUCAUGGAUCACGAUUAUCCAGCCACAGCAUCUUUCGAUGUUGUUUGCGCCUUAGUUGAUGCUGCUAAGGAACUCAACAUCCCAGCUAAGGUCGGUAAGGGAUUCUCAACAGAUCUCUUCUACAAUCCACAAACCGAACUCGCACAGCUCAUGAACAAGUUCCACUUCCUCGCUGUUGAAAUGGAAUCUGCUGGCCUCUUCCCAAUUGCUGACCUUUAUGGCGCAAGAGCUGGCUGCAUCUGCACAGUUUCAGAUCACAUCCUCCACCAUGAAGAAACAACAGCCGAAGAACGCCAGAACUCCUUCCAAAACAUGAUGAAGAUCGCACUUGAAGCAGCAAUCAAAUUAUAA